AUGUGGGUGCUUGGAGAAGCUGCGAAGGUGUUCGACAAAUUCUCCAACAGAGAUGUUGUAACUUGGAAUGUUAUGAUAAUCGGUUGGAUCGAAAGUGAUUGCCCCAAAGAUGCUUGUGGUUGUUUCUUGCAUAUAGUGGGAGAGGGAGUUUCCCUAGAUGAAACCUCCUUUUCUACGUUACUCCAAGAUUUGGCCAUGCUAGCUUCAUGGGGUCAAGGUGCUACAGUCCAUUCCUUGAUAGUAAAAACCAUGUGCGCCCAAAACCAAUGUGUUGGGAGCUCCUUGAUCACCAUGUAUGUAAAAUGCGAUAGCUUAGAAGAUGCAUAUUGGACCUUCAAUGUGGCAAAGGACCAGUUCAAUGUUGUCGCUUGGGCAUCCAUGCUAACUACUUUCCAACAACAUGGGCAUGGAGACAAAGUGAUCAAACUGUUUGAUGAAAUAGUGGAUUUGGAGAUCGACCCAAACUACAUCACAUUCGUUAGUGUUCUUUCAGCUUGCAACCACAAUGGGUUUAUCGACCAGGGAUUCAGGUACUAUGCUUGCAUGGUAGACUUGCUUGGGCGAGCUGGCCUCUUGGAUGAAGCAACACAAUUCAUUGAUGCAAUGCCAAUACAACUUGAUUCGUUUGUGUGGGGUGCUUUGCUUGUAGCUUGUAGGAAGUUUAGGAACUCGGAACUUAGUAGCAAAGUGGCACAAAAGCUCUUUAGGAUCGAAUCCCAUAUGAAACAACCCAGACUCCUUACUCAAGCUCAGAACAUACAAUACCCAUCGAGCACAGGCGACUGUUUUACUACAUAA